AUGCCCGUCUUCACAGAAUACUCCGCCGCGUCGCGGGAACUCCGCGUCCUGCCCUCCUUCGCCCCUCCAUUGCCCCGCCUUACCCCAGCCUUCACACCCGACCCCAACACAGAGAAAUAUGAGGUUGUCGUAGUCGGCGCCGGUCCAGCCGGCCUGAUGCUCAACCUCCUCCUGGCCCGCUACGGCCUCAGCGACGACUCGCUCCUCUGCGUCGACGCAAAGCCCGGCACGCUCAAAUCCGGGCAGGCGGACGGGCUGCAGCCGCGCACGCUGGAAGUGCUCAAGUCACUCGGGGUGGCGGACGAGAUCCUCAACGACGGCUGCCACAUGGAGGAAGUCGCGUUCUGGAACCCUUCCAGCAACACGGACGAGAUCAUCGAGCGCACCUCCAUCGUGCCAGACGUCGCCGUGCCCGCGCGCUACCGCCACGAAGUCACUAUCCACCAGGGCCGGAUCGAGCGCAUCCUCGAGACGGAUCUGCUGCGCUACUCGAAGCGUGGGGUUGUGCGGAACACGAAGCUGGUGGACGUGAAGAUCGACGAGGACGGCGAUGCGGAGUUCCCCGUUGUUGCGGAGAUUGAGACUGACGGCGUGCGUCGCACGGUCCGGUCGAAACAUCUGGUCGGCGCGGACGGCGCGCAUUCUGCUGUGCGCCGCUGUAUGGGUCUACAGCUGGUGGGAGAGUCGACGGACCAUAUCUGGGGUGUUGUCGAUUUGGUCGUGGAUACCGACUUCCCGGAUAUCAGACGUCGCUGUGCCAUCCAUGCGCCGGCCGGGUCGGUCAUGGUGAUCCCGCGGGAGCGGAUUGCAACGGGCGAGUAUCUUACGAGACUGUAUGUGCAGGUGCCUGAAGAGACGGCUCCGGAGAGCGAUGUGGCGGUCAAUGGAGAUGGCCAGGCGAAGAGUGAUGCGAGGGCGCGACGGAGCAAGGUCACGCUGGAGGGGAUCUUCCAGCAGGCGGCAGAGACAUUCAAGCCGUAUUAUAUCCAGCCCAAGGAGGACGGCGCAGUGGACUGGUGGGCUGCGUAUCAGAUCGGGCAACGCGUGAGCGACAACUUCACUGUCAAGGACUCGAAGGGAGUGAACAGGGUGUUUAUUGUGGGUGAUGCCUGCCACACACACAGUCCUAAGGCGGGCCAAGGGAUGAACGUGUCGAUGAUGGAUUCCUACAACCUGGCGUGGAAGCUCGUCUACUCUAUCAACGGGUUGACCCCUGAUGCGGCGGCCGGGAAGCCGGAUGCUAUCCUGGACACGUACCACGCCGAGCGGCAUACCAUAGCGCAACAGCUCAUUGAAUUUGACCGUGCAUUUUCCUCUAUGUUCUCCGGGAAGAUUGGAGGCGCCGAGGACGGCGUGGGGGCGUUGACCCAUGAGCAAUUCUUGGAAGUCUUCAGCACGGGUAACGGAUUCACCAGUGGCUGUGGGAUUGAAUAUCCCGAAAACCUGACCGUGCAGAAAACGGCCGCGGGCGAUGUAAAAAACCCCAUCCACGGGACGGACUACCUAUCUGGGGUCCUUCAACCGGGCCGUCGACUGCUGGACGUGCAGCUCAAGCGACAUGCAGACGGAAACCGGCGGCACUUGCAGGACGAUUUCCUCUCGACUGGACGAUUCCGCAUUCUUUGCCUGACGUCGUCGGAUCUGCUGGAGCCCAAGGGGGUCUCUGCGCAGACGUUGGUUACGCUUGGAUCGUCGGUUCUGCCACGGUUCCCUGCUUCGCUGGUUGAACAGGUGGUCGUGCACCCGCGCCUCCCCAAGAGCUUUACCUGGAGGGAUGUACCCCGCGAGCUGAAGAGGCAUUCGGAGAUGCGAUUCCACAGUGGCUACGACAUGGACGAUGUGUACCAGAUCUACGGGGUUGAUCCGGCUCAGGGUGCCUUGGCGGUGAUCCGGCCCGAUGGGUAUGUUGGGACGAUUGCUGCGUUGGAUGAUGUGGGCCGAGUGGAGAAGUAUUUGGAGGGGUGUCUUCGGACGGUAUAG